UGCGCGCGAGAGGCGUUUGUGGAAGUUUUGCUCCUGCAAGUAGUGAAUCUUGUUUUGGAUCAGAAAUUAUUACAUUUGUUUGUUUUAAGCGUCGCAGCAUGAAUCGCUUUCACCUGUUUGCGUUUUUAAUUUGGUAUUUAAUUGCGGACAGCAAAGCAAUUAUCAGAAUUCCUCUGCACAAGACACGCACUGUACGCCGCAUGUUGGCAGACAAUGGCAUGACUAUUGAAGAGAUCAAAUCGAUGGCCAAGAUAGCUGGACAGACAGCCCACACAACUGCAUUCCCUUCCCCAACCAAACUACCACCGCCCGUGGAGAAACUCACCAACUUCAUGGAUGCCCAGUAUUUUGGAGUGAUCAGUAUUGGUACCCCCCCUCAGGACUUCACUGUGCUGUUCGACACUGGAUCAUCCAACCUCUGGGUUCCGUCUGUCCAUUGCUCCUACCUGGAUAUUGCCUGCUGGAUGCACCAUCGCUACAACUCAAAGAAGUCGAGCACUUACGUUCAGAACGGCACCAAGUUCUCAAUCCAGUAUGGUAGAGGGAGUCUUUCUGGAUUUAUCAGUCAGGAUACAGUCACUUUGGCAGGGCUCAAGGUUACAGACCAGCAGUUUGGUGAGGCUGUUAAGCAGCCUGGGAUUGUGUUCGCUGUGGCGCGUUUCGAUGGCGUAUUGGGCAUGGGAUAUCCUGCAAUCUCUGUAGAUGGCAUCACACCAGUGUUUGACACUGCCAUGGCUGCCAGAAUCUUGCCCCAGAAUAUCUUCUCUUUUUACAUCAACAGGGACCCUGCAGGUGGGGUUGGAGGUGAGCUGAUGCUGGGAGGUUUCGACCAGCAGUAUUUCGAUGGUGAUCUACAUUUUGUCAAUGUUACAAGGAAAGCCUACUGGCAGAUCAAGAUGGAUGAAGUUCAAGUGGGUGGCACUCUAACCCUGUGCAAAAGUGGUUGCCAGGCAAUUGUUGACACGGGAACAUCACUGAUCACUGGGCCAGUUCAAGAGGUUCGAGCAUUGCAGAAAGCCAUCGGAGCAAUUCCACUGCUUAUGGGAGAGUACUGGAUUGACUGUAAGAAGAUUCCGUCACUUCCUGUUGUUUCUUUCAACCUGGGAGGGAAGAUAUUCAACCUAACUGGAGAUGAUUAUGUUAUGAAGGUGACUCAAAUGGGCAUGAGCGUUUGUCUGUCUGGCUUUAUGGCUUUGGAUGUCCCACCCCCUGCUGGGCCCCUGUGGAUUCUGGGAGAUGUGUUCAUAGGCCGCUAUUACACUGUGUUUGAUAGGGAUGCUGAUCGGGUAGGCUUCGCUGCGGCUAAGUGAAAAGAGUGAAUCAUCCUACUGUAUCUGGACAUAGUGGACAGUUGGUAGUAGAGAAACUACUGUUUUCAUUGAAGUUGUUCGAUUAAUUCGCAGUGGAAAUAUGCAAGAGAUCUACUGGGAAAUUCAGCAAUAUGCCUUAAGUGGGAAAGUACAAAAACUGUAAAGGAGGAAAUGGGAACAAAUUGUUUAGCUGGGGUUUCUCUGUACUUCUUGAUUGAAUCCUUGAAAAAUGUGUGGUUUUUAUUUUAUACUUAAGCUAUUAAUUAUUUUGUAAUCCAUUUAAUAAAGAUUGAAGUUAGUUUUUGAAAGAAUAAUAAUUGCUGAUAUAUAUGUAGUACUCUGGUUGUGUUACGGUGUUUGACAUUGAAUGUAUGGUUGAACCAUUCUGAUCACUGGUGUAUUAUAGUCCGUUAAUGUGGUUUCUGUUACUAGGGAACUCCAACUUGAUCAUGGCAACUUUACUGUUUCUUUACUAUACAUUUUACUUUUGAACAUGUCUAGGAUUUGUAUGAAGGCUUUCAAAGCUUGAGGUAAAAAAUAAAGUUUUCUUUGUAACUUGUUUUUGCUUGUUUAUCCUGAACACCAAAUCCCGACAACGCAAGAAACCUGCAUGUACAUGCGAUUGUACAUCGUGAUGUCAAAACAUAAACGUGCACAUUGGAUAAGCCAGUAAGAACACUGGCGAGUGACCUUAUCUAAUAAGUGUCAGUUGGUUGUUGCGGAAGCCAUUUAUCAUUACCCUGAUAAAUUAAACCCAUUUUCUGCUGGGAUCAGUACAAUUUAAUCUCAAUCGACAGCAUUUUUUUUGACUGAGUAAAUAAAAAAAUUUAAAAAAAGACUCCUCCCCUCUUUUAAAAUUGAGGUCACAGUGAGGCGUUUACAAUGGAAGUGAAUGGGGCCAAUUUUUGGAGGGUUUAAAAGGUAGAAAUGUGAAGCUUAUAAUUUUACAAAAGCACUUGCAUGAAUCAGUUAAAACUCAUAUUUGAGCUGUGAAGUUUCAUGGUAAUUUUUACGUUUUUAAUUUUUUUUUUUUUUUAAUUAUUGGC